AUGUCCUCGAAAGACAAUCCAUGUCGGAAAUUCCAAGCCAACAUUUUCAACAAAAGUAAAUGCCAGAAUUGCUUUAAACCAAGAGAAUCUCAUUUAUUGAGCGACGAAGAUUUAAAUCAGGUAAGCAAGUGUUGCCAUAUGUUUCACAGUCAUGGGGUCAUGCUCAUUGCCGUAGCACCCCCCCGCCCCGCAGCCCACGAGCUUUGUGGGUGCUCCCGGAGGUCGGCCCCCCUCCAGAUAGCAUUAGACGUCAUAAGCCAUGAACAAAUCAUUUAGAAUAUCAGGAAAUUGCCUUUAAAAUUGCAACAUUUUCUCUCAGCCUCAUGGCAAAAUGUGUAGAAUAGCAGGAAAUUAGCUCAGGGAUUCUUGAAACUCGGGACAAUCCUUGUCCGGCAGGGAAACUGUAUUUUUAUACUAGAAAAACAAAUAUUUUGUUUUAUUCGGGCUUAACAUUUACAUUUAUUAGAAUGUUAUAAGUGAAAAUAUUUGUUUUUGGAAUUUUCAAAGUACUUUAAAUAUGAUUUAAUAUUGCAGCCUGGUCUCAUAGACUAGACUACCUACAGUAAAUGUAAAUCCGGGACACACAUUAUCAAAUCAAAUUUUAUUGGUCACAUACACGUGUUUAGCAGAUGUUAUUGCGGUUGUAGUGAAAUGCUUGUGCUUCUAGCUCCGACAGUGUAGUAAUAUUUAACAAUUUCACAACAUAUACUCAAUACACACAAAUCUAAGUAAAGAAUGAAUUAAAAAUAUAUACAUAUGGACGAGCGAUGUCAGAGCGGCAUGGACUAAGAUACAGUAGAAUAGUAUAGAAUACAGUAUAUACAAAUUAGAUGAGUAAUGCAAGAUAUGUAAACAUUAUUAAAGUGGCUAGUGUACCAUUUCUUAAAGUGGCCAGUGAUUUCUAGUCUAUGUCUAUAGGCAGCUCUAAUGUGCUAGAGAUGGCUAUUUAACAGUCUGAUGGCCUUGAGAUAGAAGCUGUAUUUCAGUCUCUCGGUCCCAGCUUUGAUGCACCUGUACUGACCUCGCCUUCUGGAUGAUAGCGGGGUGAACAGGCAGUGGCUCGGGUGGUUGAUGUCCUUGAUGAUCUUUUUGACCUUCCUGUGACAUCUCAUGCGGUAGGUGUCCUGGAGGGCGGGUAGUUUGCCCCCGGUAAACUAGUUAGUAUGAUAUGUUACGUUUGGUAUGGUUACUUAAGGCAUAAACGAAAGUAGGGUGGAUGGGUGGGCCAACAUUUUAGGCAUAAACGAAAGUAGGGUGGAUGGGUGGGCCAACAUUUUAGUCAUUUAGCAGACGCUCUUAUCCAGAGCGACUUACAGUUAGUGAGCGCAUAUAUAUAUAUUUUUUUUUCAUACUGGUCCCCCGUGGGAAACGAACCCACACCCCUGGCGUUGCAAACGCCAUGCUCUACCAACUGAGCUACACGGGACAAACAUCUAUCAAACAUCUAGCAAACCAAAGGUUGCGAGUUCGAAUCUCAUCACGGACAACAUUAGCAUUUUAGCUAAUUAGCAACUUUUCAACUACUUACUACUUUUUUGGUACUUUGCAACUACUUAGCACGUUAGCUAACCCUUCCCUUAACCCUAACCUCAACCCUUUAACCUAACUCCUGAAAUUAACCCUAAACCCUAGCCUAGCUAACGUUAGCCACCUAGCUAGAAUUCGGAACAUAGCAUACGUUUAGCUAAUUCGUAACGUAUACUACAUUUAGGAGGGGGGGGGGGGGGGGGUCAUGUGGGUAUUUAUCACUUGUGAUUGGCAAUUUCAGCAAAGUUCUAUUUUCACAAUACAGAAAGUGUACAUUGUGCAAUACAGUUUCCUGUGAGUUAGCCAUAUGUCAAAUAGGCAUGGUACAAAGGUUUAGGUUAAUUGGACGUAAUUAGUUGUUAGCCCCAGGGUAUAGGCUAUCAUCCUUAAUUCGUGCACAGAUUAGUUUAACUCCCAGACAUGAAAGAGCACAAUGUUUGGAAUGGCACGGACAGUUUUUAAAGAAGUCAACGAGGAGAUGCAUGCAAUUUGGUUAGGCUUGUCAAACACAUCGUGGUUGAAUGAAAAGCAUAUUGAAUCAAAUGUGUUUUAUAAAGCCCUUUUUACAUCAGCAGAUGUCAUAAAGUGCUAUACAGAAACCCAGCCUAAAACCCCAAACAGCAAGCAAUGCAGAUGUUGAAACCCCAACUUAUUAGGAUUUUUCCUAUGGUAAGAAUAAAAUCAUUGCUUACCUUGCACAUUUUACAUUGUUGCCCUCGCUUGUCAUAAGAGAACUGGCUAAGGAUGGCCUUGGUAUAGAAUUAAGUUGUUAUGUUGGUGAGAAGUGCCUGGUCUUUAACAGGGGAGACACCCUAAACUAUAUAUAAUUUUGAUCAGAAGACUACAGGAAUAGCUGCACAGUGACAGUGCUGAUUUUCUCAAUGCUGUACAACCAUUAGUUUUAGACGUUUGAGAGGUCGUUGGGUCAAAUCUAGAUAUUAACUUUACAGCAUAUAUAGCCAUAGCUUUUGGUAAGCUCUUAGACACUGAAACGUCAUAUUAUGACUAAAUAUGUGAUUGAUGCACACACACGUUGCAUCAACGGAGACACACAUACACACACUCUGUCGUGGUCUGCUUGACUUUAGGAGUAGUUUGUCUCUUUUGACUGGAGAUACAUCUUCAACUGAACACAGCACUACACAUCUAUUCCACGAUAUUCACAACAGACUGUCCUCCUUGCAUGGAUGAAAAUAGCUUUGUGGCUGACUCUUACCUAGUGGAGUUCCUGACCCAAAAGGCUAUCAAAAGACUGUUCUCAUUGUGCUACUAACUGGCAGACUCUAGUCUCGUUAGCCAGGCGUCUCAUCAUCAUCAACACCAAAGGCCAAGCACACAUUACAUAAGAGAUACUUUGUCUCUGUGAAUCUCAUUCCCAACAUAUUUUCAGCAAGAGCUUUGGUCAUUCCUUUAGUAUUUGCCCUCCCCCCUCCCACUCAUCCCAUCUAGCCCACAUUCUCUCAGUGCGGUAUUACAUAGUCAUUACGAUGGGGGGGUUGUGAGAUGAACGCACCACACAAAUGACUGCGUUUAACCAUUGAAGGGUAAAGCUGACCUAGAUCCGUCUUGCCCAUCCCUUCUCAGGAGGAUUCAGCAUAGGCCCCCCCGUCUGGUCAUGUGAGCAGAGAUUGCUCUUUAUUUUCCUCAAAGCACUACUCUCUCUUUUUCUCUUUUGUUUUUACCUCCUCUCAUUUUCUAGAGGCAGGGGGAUAACAUUCUGUAACAUUUCUACAUUGUCUUCAUCCUCCCUGUCCUCUUCCAUCUGUAAUACAGUCAGAUAUCGGCUUAAUCGCAAUGAACAGACGUUAUGCCAGAAUGGAUUCCCUGCUCUGCCCCAAGAUGGUGACUUUAUCAAUAUUUAAGCAUAUAGACCACAAACUUAAGAGGCUAUCUGAACCAAGAUGUUGCUAGUGUAAAGAGACUCAUAAGUUCCUUUUUGUAUGCUUGACCUGUACUAUACAGGUAACUGCCAAAAUAAUGGAAACACUUGAGUAAGUGAGGGAUACAAAGUAUAUUGAAAGCUGGCACUUCCACACCAAUUACUGUAUAUAUGAAUGGACAAAGCCAUUGAUCACGUGACCCCAUUCAUUCCUUUUUAAUUUUUUUACCCCAUUUUCGUGAUAUCCAAUUGGUAGUUACAGUCUUGUCCCAUCGCUGCAACUCCCGUAAGUACUCGGGAGAGGCGAAGGUCGAGAGCCAUGUGUCCUCCGAAACACGACCCUGCCAAGCCGCACUGCUUCUUGACACACUGCUCACUUAACCCUAGAAGCCAGCCGCAACAAUGUGUCGGAGGAAACACUGUACAACUGGCGACCGUGUCAGCGUGCAUGCGCCCGGCCCCCACAAGGAGUCGUAAGAGUGCGAUGGGACAAGGACAUCCCGGCCGGCCAAACCCUCCCCUAACCCGGACGAUGCCGGGCCAAUUGUGCGCCGCAUCAUGGGUCUCCCGGUCACGGCCGGCUGCGACACAGCCCGGGAUCGAACCCGGGUCUGUAGUGACGCCUCAAGCACUGAGAUGCAGUGCCUUAGUUCAAGGACAUACAUCUGGUGUAUUAGAAGCAAUUAUUGGUACCAUGAUUUUCUUCAAUAUUGUUUUUUUUACACAAAGAUUGACCACGAAGAUUAAAAACGAUGUAAACCAUAUGCCAUGGCCAUGUAUCUCAGUCACCAGAUCUCAACCCAGUUGAACACUUAUGGGAGACUAGAGCGGCGCCUGAGACAGCGUUUUACACCACCAUCAACAAAACACCAAAUGAUGGAAUUUCUCGUGGGAGAAUGUUGCCUCAUACCUCCAAUAUAAUUCCAGACACUUGUAGAAUCUAUGCCAAAUUGCAUUGAAGCUGUUCUGGCUCAUGGUGGCCCAACGCCCUAUUAAGAGAGUUUAUGUUGGUGUUUCCUUUAAUUUGGCAGUUACCUGUAGCUAACACUGUUUCGACAUUAUCUUUCCUUCCAUCGCUCCAAGCAGAGAAACACCUAACAUUGUAAUCAAAGAUAAAGUAGCUUUACAUUGGAUUAUAAAAAAACCUUAGCGGGGGGAACUUUUGACUUUUGACCUGACUUGAUCUGAGUAUAUGAAAGUGGGACAUUUAGACCUCUCGUCGUCACACUGUCAACGCUGUCACCUUUUUAUACUUUUCCAUAGCGACAUGAUGGAUUUAUGGAGUUAUAACUGAGCACUUUCCAUAAGCCAAUUUGAUUGUUUAGGUUUUACGGGAGUAGGUAAGUAUAAGUCCUUUCAAACAUGCUCAACAAAUCUCCAGCAAUGGCUAUAUACACAGCGAGACCAAUCCCUUCAGAUCAAGUUGGAGCUCAACAGGCUUUAGUAGUGUUGUUGUGUACAUAGCCUAGUGAAAACAGAUUUUGGCUAACUGCUGCCUGUGAACGAGUUAACUGCUUUUUUUUACGCAGUGAAUGAGAAUCUCGAGUCUAUCUUUUUUGUGAAGAGAACAGAUUUUUGUCACACCGCUUCCCUCAUCUCCCUUCCUCCUCUGCUUCGUUCCUCACUUUCUUGCCCGCCCACUUAGGGGGAUAACAGGGAAAAUCACGUGUUUUAAGCUUUUUCCCCCUUCUUUUUAAAAGGCAGUACAGGGCAGCAUUGGUGCUCUGGAAUGCAGCCAGUUAAAGUGUGUGCAGCCUGAACACUGCUCACACAGCUGGUCCAAACAGCCAGCCAAAGCUUGCAACUUGUACACAAUCUAUUGAAGCAGACAGCCAUUGUGUAGUCAGAUUAUUCUGGGAUAUACUUGAGUAAUCACCCAGGGCUGGUAAUCAUGGCCGAAUACCGACCGGGCCCCUGACCUCCAGGGGGCCCACAUUUGAUUUUGUUAGUCAUUCUCACUCAUGAUAUUAAGAUGUCAUAGGUCAUUACAAAAUGUGUAGAAUUGCAUUUUUUACAAUGGUGAGGGAGUGCCAAGAUGGAGGAGCUUGAAAACCCCGUCAGUCAUUUAGUGUAUAUAUAAAUCAUUGGCUGUGACGGUCAUGGAAUUUUGGAUGAUGGUUAUUGGUCAGCCAAAUGACCCCGGUCACUGUAAUAACCGUUAGAAUUGCAAAAACAACAUCUUUGCACAUUUUCUCCUCUCCUCUGCUCCUGAUUGCAUGUGCUGCUGCAGGGAGGUGGAUGUUGGCUAAGCAACCGAAGACUCAUUUGCUACAACGUCUUGCUUGUUUCAGCAAGGAGCAACAGUUUCAUGACGUUGUGGAGUCCAUGUUACAGCAGCAACAGACUCAACCGUACGAAUGCCCGACUGUCCCGUCUUCAGUCAGCUGUUCCUUCCACAAAAACAUAAAUAUAUAUAUAUUUUUUACGGUUAUGACGUUUAUUUUAUUUUCAUGGUGGUCUUCAUCCAUAACUGUCGGUUAUACGGUAAUUAUGCCAGCCCUAAUGUGUAGUGUAUAUACACUAUAUAUACAAAAGUAUGUGGACACCCCUUCAAAUUAGUGUAUAAAAUUGAGCACACAGCCAUGCAAUCUCCAUAGACAAACAUUGGCAGUGCCUGCCCUGCUAGAGCUGCCCUGGUCAACUGUAAGUGCUGUUAUUGUGAAGUGAAAACGUCUAGGAGCAACAACGGCUCAACCGCAAAGUGGUAGGCCUCACAACCUCACAGAAUGGGACCGCCGAGUGCUGAAGCACGUAGCACGUAAAAAUCGUCUGUCCUUGGUUGCACCACUCACUACCGAGUUCCAAGCCGCCUCUGGAAGCAACGUCAGCACAAGAACUGUUCGUCGGGAGCUUCAUAAAAUGGGUUUCCAUGGCCGAGCAGCCGCACACAAGCCUAAGAUCACCAUGCGCAAUGCCAAGCUUUGACUGGAGUGGUGUAAAGCUCGCCACCAUUGGACUCUGGAGCAGUGGAAACACGUUCUCUGGAGUGAUAAAUCACGCUUCACCAUCUGGCAGUCCGACGGAUGAAUCUGGGUUUGACCGAUGCAAGGAGAACUCUACCUGCCCCAAUACAUAGUGCCAACUGUUUGUCUUGAUUGGCCUGCACAGAGCCCUGACCUCAACCCCAUCGAACACCUUUGGGAUGAAUUGGAACGCCGACUGCGAGCCAGACCUAAUCGCCCAACAUCAGUGCCCAACCUCACUAAUGCUCUUGUGGCUGAAUGGAAGCAAGUCCCCGCAGCAAUGUUCCAACGUCUAGUGGAAAGCCUUCCCAGAAGAGUGGAGGCUGUUAUAGCAGCAAAGGGGGGACCAACUCCAUAUUAAUGGCCAUGAUUUUGGAAUGAGAUGUUCGACGAGCAGGUGUCCACAUACUUUUGGUCAUGUAGUGUACAUCGGUAAUAAACAGUUAUAACGCAAGGCUAUUUCAGUGUUGUUAUGCGGUCUGACGUUACUCUAACUGGAGGCUACGCAUGAGUCACCAAGCAGGUGCUCUUAUCUAGGGAGUCUUAGUAAAUCAUUAUCUCUCCAAUUAAUCCUUUUGUUAAUGCUUUCUUUAAUCCAUCUUUAAUUGUUUCUUUCCCAUCAGGCAAAACCUAUAUAUGGAGGAUGGUUGCUCCUGGCUCCAGAAGGAACCAAUUUUGGCAAUCCCUUGCACAGAUCUCGGGUAAGUUAGUUAACCUCUGGUUGGUUUUGACGAAGAUAUUCUAACCCAGUUGUAACGUUGUUGUCAACUGCAUUCAAUUGAGAUUUCAAAAUGUAUUGUAGAUAAGGCCUUCUAGAUUUCGGUCACUCAAUCAUUUGCUAUUGUUAUGCAGAAGAAGAAGAAAGGUCACACUUUGUCAAAGCAUAGGCCUACAGUAAUUAAUCUUUAUGUCCCCUCUAAAGUUACGAGUUCACAAAGCUAUUCUUGCGAUGUCGGUCUCUGUAGUCUUGUCUCUGUUCUGCCACUAACAAACAGAAAUGAAGAAAACUGGGAUUGAGGUUCGCAGAAAGUUAACACUUGUUAGCUUAGCAGGCGAAAAUAACUGCAAUAAUCUUGAAUCAGGAUGUUUUGACUCGCCUAUAAGCCUCUUAAGGCUACCCUAGACUGAGGUUUGGAGCCAGAAUGUGACCAUUUAGUCACAUUUUGCGACCCUUUGACUUGGUUGUGCGAGUAAGAACACAGCGAGUGGGAAGCUUCCUGUGGGUGGCUUGGUGCGCCUUCUAAAAAAUCCCCCGUCCAGCUCUUUCUCAGGGGCUAGUGAGCAUAAUAUUGACUCUAUCUCUCUGCUGCCGGUGCCUUGGGAUAGUGUGGCGGGGGCCUCCUACUGUAAGACUACUUUCCGUGUCAGCUCCGAUAUGAUAUGAUGUUGGAGCAUCCUGAAAGAGGAGGAUGGAGGGGGAGUGGGAAAAGUCCCGGUUCUCACAUCCCCUGAUGGCUUCCAUAUGGAGGGGGGAGCAUCUCUGGAGCCAUCGGCCUCAGCCCUGUCAACAGUUCCCACCUCGUGAUAUCACUCGAGGCACUUUUUUCAGUCGUGUAAAUAAACACACAUGCUGAAUUGGGGUUUGAAAUGGUUGGCCCAUAUGAGAGGUUGAUGAUGGAUGUAUGGAUCCCUGCUAGAUUUGAAGAUGGCAGAGCACUCAACUGUAGGCAUGGUCAGUCUCAUAUUGGGUAGGGAUGGGGGGAAAAAUCGAUUUUACAGUGUCGUUCUGUCUAUUUAUGCAUAUUUUGGACACUGAAUGUUGUCAGAUCUUCAACCAAAACCUAAUAUUUCAACUUUUUUAAAUGUAUUUAAUAAACAAAGUUAUUUCCCUGUGUGGAAAAAGUAAUUGACUCCUCACACUCAAUAACUGGUUGUGCCACCUUUAGCUGCAAUGACUGCAUCCAAACACUUCUUGUAGUUGUUGAUCAGUCUCUCACAUCCCUGUGAAGGAAUUUUGGCCCACUCUUCCAUGCAGAACUGGUUUAACUUGGUUACAUUUGUGGGUUUUUGAGUAUGAACUGAUUGUUUCAGGACCUGCCACAACAUCUCAAUCGGGUUUAGGUCUGCACUUUGACUAGGCCAUUCCAUAACUUCUAAAUGUGUUGCUUUUGAGCCAUUCUGAUAUAGAGUUGCUUGUGUGUUUUGGAUCAUUGUCUUGCUGCAUGACCCAGCUGCGCUUCAGCUUCAGCUCAUGGAUGGAUGGCCUGACAUUCUCUGAAACAGGGCAGAAUUCAUGGUUCUUUCAAUGAUGGCAAGUCAUCCAGGUCCUGAGGCAGCAAAGCAUCCCCAAACCAUCACACUACCACCACCAUGCUUGACCGUUGGUAUGCGGUUCUUACUGUGGAAUGCAGUGUUUGGUUUUCGCCAGACGUAACGGGACCCAUUGUCCAAAAAGUUCCACUUUUGACUAAUCUGUUCAUAGAACAUUCUUCCAGGAGGCUUCACAAUCAUCCAGGUGCUUCCAGGGGCUUUUUUUAGCAAACUUGAGUCGGCUUUUUGGAUGACAUGGGUCCCGUUAUGUCUGACGAAAGCCAAACACUGCAUUCAGUGGUCCCUUCUGAGCCUUAUAUAUUACAGUUUUAAUGGCCUCUGAAUGAGUAUGAUAGUCCUGUAACUCAGGCUCUGCUGAGGACGCCUAUCAGCAGCCCUAUUCGGGGCCCCCGAUGCCCCGUAGAUCACAAAGCACUUCCUCAUCUUUUAUUGAUGGUUCUCAGCAGAAAACAAGGGGCCCGAAACUUAACACCUGGGCAAAACUGUGCAUUAUGAAAGGAGGGGUUGGUGAUAGAUGGCUAAUAUAGAGUGUGUUAAAGUGGGAAAACAUAUAGCCUACCAUUUGUCAUAUUCACUAAAAGGAGUCAUUUUGCGCUAGUUUCGCCCUAAGGCAUCUUUGCAUACUUUCUAAUACCUGGAACUCCACUAGUGCCUUCAAGGGGAAAAAGAGGGAAAGAGAUGAUUGUGUUUUUGUCUUGUGACGAAUCGUCUCCUCAUCAAACAAACAUGGACAACGUGGUUGUAGAGUUUACACUUGGAGGACACUUUGGUGUUGGAGGGAUUAGCUACAGGGCAUAGAGUGUAUGCUAGAAUGCUGGAUGUUUCUGUUUUGGCUAGGGCAUAUUUUCAUCAGGUGGUAGCGGAGGUUCCUGUUAGCGCCAGAAAUGUAUCCUGGUGAACAAAGUGGGAUAUUUGCUUGUCGCUCAGCGAUCAUGUCUAGGUGGUUUGCUUAAGUCAACCUCCCCGCUGUUACAGAGUUGGAGGCAUUUCCUUUCUCUCUCAUCUGUCUCUCUCUUCCUUCAUCUCCCUCACUUCAUCUCUCUAUGUAUUUAAGUGACACAUAUAUGUCCAGGAUGUAGUACAACAGUCUGUCAUUUUAAAAUGUUGCGAAGCCAACACAGUGGAUACCGAAUGGUAAACUUUACCCGUGUGUGUGGCUCGUGUCUGCAUGUUGGGGUAAUAGUGUUGGCUCAGUCCUUGCUUUGGGAUCUAGGGCACACUGACUCACUAAAUCAUCUGCAGCAAUGUCCCUGAAAAAAGAGCUAUGAAAACGCAAUGCCUGCUGAGGACUUUUCAGUGUUGUUGGGCGUGGGGAUUCUUCUGAGUGAUCCCUGUUUAUAGUAUAGCCACUAUAGGUUCACACAGUCAUAGGCUAACUCCCUACACAUACAGUAUGUGUUCUGUGGUCAUUGAAAAACCAACCAUGCCUGGAUACCACCACUUUCAUAAACGACAUUGUGCUUAACAUUCAGCUACAAUGCUUUUACCUAAAUCAAUGGGACAGUUUUAGUCAUAUCAUAGCAUAGGAUGUAGCCUUAGUUGCCCUAUCAGAUGUCACUGUAACUAGCAUCUCUCCAUUUCCCUCUCUCUCUACAGAAAUGGCAGAGGAGGUUCUUCAUCCUGUACGAACACGGAUUACUCCGCUACGCCCUGGAUGAGAUGGUGAGUGAACUUCCCCGUUAAGCAUGGAGAAGACCGACCGCACAAAGUUUUAUGAUGUCCGUAGUUUAUUAGCGAGUUCCUUCUGCAUGAUGGCAGUUUUACGACUGGAGAUGUUUACGCCCAGUUUAGACAUGAAAACAGUCUAAAUGUUGUGUGUGCAUGUGUGUGUGUUGUCAGUCAAGUUUUCCGGCAUGUGUAAGCGGAGUGUUGGGAUUCUGGCACUCGCCUGAGGCAUACCUGUGUGUCUGAGGUGGGCCCGGUGCCACAGGGCUGGGUUGUCAACUCUGUAAACAGAGCACACUGUCCCGCUGGGGCUAGCAUAGCAUCACGCUAACAUGCUAAUUCGUAGCGAACUAGCUCAAUGGUUUGAAAGGAAUGAGGUGACACCAGAUGUCACAGAUAAGUAAGGUGCACAGUGUGUUUGUGUGUGUUUGUUUUAAGGUGCAAACAGUCCUGUGCAACCGACCGUGGCAACUUCCCACCUGAGACAUAAAAGCCCAUUUUGAGGCCGUUCUGUUUGUUAUCAGUGUCACUGUUGGAGACUCUGUACGCACCUACUACCUUCCCUACCAACACAUGAUGUUCUGACAACGUUACAGGUUGUAAGAAGGUUGGUCAUGGUGACAUUACAACGUUGCAACGUUAAGACAAUGUUGCCACAAAGUCGUAAUUGUUUCUCUAAAGUAAAUAGAGUAAAGUUGAGGUACACUACACAUAUUUAACACUGUCCUCUUAGUGCCAGCAGUUUAGCAAUUCAUAUGAGGAGUGGAGAGAGUGGGCAGGCAGUGUAUUGAUUGGCCCGUAUUCCUCUUAUCCAACUGCUUGGAAAAAUAGGCUCUUUUAUUAUUUUUUUGGAACGAGAGGUGAAAUCCGCAUCGGGAUGAAAGAGCACUUGGCUCAAUGCUGUUGACUCAUUCUCUCUGCGGUGUUCGUUGGUGAGAGAUGCUGAGUGCCCUUAUGUAAGCGAGGCAGUGGGAAGAGGCAAUUUCAGCUGUGUGUGUGUGUGCGUGCAUGUUGGCGGUGAUGCUAUUGGUAUGUGGGUGGAAAACGCAUCCCUCAACUCGAAGGGGUCAUCAAAAAAAAGAAGAAUCCCUGAUCUAUAGAGACCUCUUACGUACAUGCUAAUGCAUGCAUUUAUCCGUGUGUAGGAAAGGAACAGUACAGUACGUGUCACGUUGAUCAUCCUCUUACCUGGUGAAGCGUACCUGAGAGUUAGUGAAAUGAAAAUAUUUCGGACUCAUGAGUCAAACAUGCAGUGGCGUUCAAAUGAGCGUACAGUCUGAAGGAGGGAUUCGAGCGAGGGGACAAAUAAAGAAUACAUAGAGAGGAGAGGGAGGAGGAGGAGGAAGAGGAAAGAAAGUGGAGGAUGUCUCCCACUCGCCCUCCCUUUCCCUUCCUCCUCGGUUAGUGUCACCUUUCAUCUGCCGUCUGAAAGGAGGAUCAAAGUAGGAGGUGGAGAGCUGCAGAGAUUGAGUGCUCUAAAUAUAGAUCUGUGAAAUGUAGAACAAGUGAUGAUGAAUACAUCAUGUUUGAAUAAUUGUUGGGCCAUUUUAAUAAGCGGCUGCUAAUUGAGCUAAAUAGCUCCUGUAUCUGGCACCAGCAGCUAGGCCUUUGGUGAAACCAAUGCAGUUGAAUUAGAGCGCGAAUUGCUCAAAUAUCCUAUAUUGUACUCUCUUGUUGGAUUAGGGUAGGGCUUCUGAACUUGGGGUGUGUGUACCCUCGGGUGCUAGGCCUAUCCACAGGGGGUAUUUGGGAAGACUCAUAGGAACAUAGGCCUACUGGUAAAAUGCACGAGGGGGUACUUCAGGGGUAUUCCAGGCAGAGCAAAAUGUGAAUGGGGGUACAGUAACCAAAAAUGGUUGAGAACCACUGGCCUAAAGCACAUGUACGUAUGUGGUAGAGGCGAGUUGAGUACCAUCCCUAAGAAUUAUUGCGCUGUGUAGAAUAAGGUGUGUGUGUGUAUUCGCGUGUCUGUUUCCCCCUGGUGGUGAGUGAUGUAUCCCCAGGACAUAAUGAGAGGGCAGGGAUGGAUGGAGGCCUCGGUGGGCUGCUGAGACCACACUCCUCCUCCUUCUCUUCCUCAACAUAUCAAAUAUACCCUCCGCCACCAAGCCUCCACAAACACUCAACAACAUACAUGCACUACAUUAGAGGAACAUGCAACACUGCGCACAACAACACUCAACACUAGGCAUACACGUCUAACUACAACGCAUGGGCAAUGAUAUCAUGCAACAUAAACACACGCCAUACGUAGGACAAUGACAUAUACAGUAACGUACUUUAACACAAGGAAAACACAAUCUCUCAUUAGACUUUUGAGAAAUGGGAACGAUAAAAAGCAUGACGUCUCGUCGAAAACCAUGAAACCCAGGGCCUGUAGCCACAUCAGAGGCCCACCAGAGAGCACAGGGUUGGGUUUAGGAGAUGAGAAGGUUGCCCCUGUGUGUAUUUUUUCCGGGACCUCUAGUUUUUAUGGCUCUGGUGCCCUGCACGGCUCUAAACAGGCCCAGAUGGGCUGCGGUCCCAACCCGCAGGAUGUGGCAUCGCCCUGGGGGGGGGGGGUUAGCUGGGUCUGGGAGAGAUCACACACUCCCACUGGGCGUUUUUGGGGUCGCCCUACACUGCUCCAGGGGUGAACAGUGAACGCCCAGUGAGACUCCACCACCAUUUUAGACCAAGGAGGGGAAGAGUGGCUUUGAAGAGAGGUUAUCAGAGGGAGAGUGUGUGUGUGUGUAGAAGUAGAGAGGGAAGAUAUACCUAUAGAGAGAACGUGUGGGUAGAUGGAGAGAGUGGGAGGAGAUACCAGAGAGAGAGAGAAAGUGUGUGUGUGUGUGUGGGUGGAUGGAUGGAGAGUAGGAAGAGUUACUAGAAAGAAAGUAUCAGUAGAUGGAAAGGGAGGGUAGAAAGAGAUGGAGGGAGUGAAACGUGUCUGCCUAUAUCGAACAUGUGCAGCCAUGCUAGUGUAUGACAUGAUGGGCUUUGAGCUUUAGUGCUGGGUUUUUCUUAGCAUAGGUCUCGAAACAACUAACAUUUAUAAGUACAUAUACAAAAGGAAUCGGUAAACUUGCCACUGUAUGUUAAAGAUUUCAUCCUUGUCACAAAUGAAAGAUAUGAAUUCGAUUUAACAUAUGAAUGAAAGCACCAAUCGUGGAACAUACAGUAUUGACACGUUUUGCAAGGGCUGGCUGAAGUGAAGUCGUGUUGCCUUGGCAACCCCUUUUUUGUUUCUUUGUUCAACAGCGCGUUAAAUGGAUGUUUGACCAUGGCGUGGGUGACAUGUAGGCUACCAGAGUUGACUUUUGUUAUCUUUUGUUAAAAGGACUAGCUGUUUUUGCAAUCCUAAAGCGGCUCAAGAAUGUGGUGUGAGUGCGCGUGCGAGUCAUGUGUGAGCGCUUGUGUAGGACAAAGAGUGCUUGACUGCAGAGAGUGUGUCAGGAAUAAGUGUUGCUGGUUCAGAAGUGUCUCGCCAUGCUUCAGACAGUAGACGCGGUCACCUGAAGGGGAGUCAAGAGAUGAGUAAGCAGUUCUAAAGGAACAUAAUGUCAUGUUUGCUGAACUUAUUUCCACAAAGAAUAUGGCUUUCACUUUUGCACGGAACAUGUUGUGGUGUGUAUUAUGCUUACACACCACAACAUGACUGCAUGAGAGAAACAUGUAUCACACACACACACACACACACACACACACACACACACACACACACACACACACAAUCCCUUAUCACACCUCGGACAAAGCAGGUGCGGUGUGGAAAUGUUUCACCUCCGCGGGAGACUCUGGACAACGUCACCAGCGUACAGCUCGACACCCACUCUCUAAAAUGGACACGGCAACACCUAGCUCCUAUUGACCCCUCUGUGACUUGGUUUAAACACACAGCUCAACACCUACACUUCAACAGCCACUGUGACGUGGAUUAAAAUAGGUUUGGUAUGCAUGUUAGUAUUCAUGCUAAACACACCCACUAACUCAUUGACAUGAGGUGGAGAAUCUGAAUCAGGUUGGACAUCGUUUUGUCUUGCUGCUGUUUUGGUGUUUUUUCCAGACGCUGUCAAAUUACAUCUAUGAAUGUUAUCAUAUUAGGUUACCCUUUUCCUGACAGUGUUUCAGCUUUUGUAUCCUGUUAGGGUAGGCCAGAUUCUGCUGCUGUAUUGAAAACCAUGAAUUAGAGCUAGGAUUGAUUUAUGUUGAUUUGCUAUCAUUAUUUCUGCUUUGGCAGUGCCUUUAAGUUAAUAUGACAUGCUGUCUGUUGGGCAUGUUGUGUUUAUAUUGGCAUGUAGCCUAAGUAACUUUGAUCAAUGAUCGUCUCACCUUUCCCUUGUUCUCACUGGUUCUGUCACGGCAGCUCUUUAGAGACGUAGCCCUUAGCAUCCCGAGGCAAGUAGUCUUAUGUAAGUCUUCUAGUGUGAAUUAUGUAAGUGUGUUGACACCCACCGGUGAAACCUCCUUACCUAUCGUGUUGUGGUACACAAAGUUUGGUUUGACCCGUUUCUUUCUGACGUGGCUGAUGAGGGAUAAGGGACUGUGUGGUUGGUCAGAGCAGAGGCAGAUCUGAUUCUACACAAAGGCCAUGGAGGCACAACUAAAUGCCGUUAAGUCUCACUGGGACAAACCGAACACGCAUUAGAGCCGCUAUCGCAUCGCACAGUACCUUCUUGAAUUGUACUUACUUUUUAAUUGCUGGCAUUUGGCCUUCUUUCCCUCUUUUUACAGCUUGUUUGCUUGAACGCACCGCUACAGGCUUUGUGUAAGACCCCAGUCUGGGUUUGCCUUGGCCAAAGAUUUGGCUAAAGAUUUGUCCGCUUGCCACAUGUGAGACGAGAUUGUGACACACUGGAACGUGCAAGGCCCCACCCCCCAACCCCAACAUUAAACUGCGAGCUAUUUUUAACUGGCUCCAAAAAGCCUUUUGUCUUUUGCCUGGUCAUGUGGAUACAGGGACAAGGAGUGCUGCAGUGUUGUUGCCUCCAGGCGAUCUGUGGUGGGACAUAACUGGAAGCCCAUUCCCCCCUCAAUUAGAGCUGCUCGCUCCCAGAAGGCUUUCGAAACACUGCAGCCAGCCAUGGGAAAGAAGGGACAUGCGGAGGAGGGAAAGGGCGAGGGAUGGAUUGAAAGACGUGGUGAUGGUGUAGGAAUGGGAGUAGAUUGAGAGGGAUUUGGGUACUUGGGGAUGGAAGGAGGGAUGGGGGUGUGUGUGUGUGUGUGUGUGUGUGUGUGUGGGAGAGAAAGGAGGGAUUUAGAAAUAGAAGGGAGGAAAAGCGACCGAAAAAGAAGAGUUGGGAAGUGGAUUACAAGUCAGACCGUCUAUAAGACUGUGUAAGACUAGACCCGAGUGGUGUUCUCUGCUAGUUUGUUUACAGACCGCAUCAAGGCUUGUUUUGGACUGGGAAGAUUGGGUGCGUGAGAGUGCUUUUUAACCCCUGCCCUUCCUUCCCCCUGGCUCCAGUAGGAACUGAUCUUCUGGAAUGUAAACAGCCGUGGCUUACAGUGGGGUCACUGUUCCCGA